AUGGGAACUUAGGAAAGGAAGACCGACCGCUAGAUGGAAGAGGGGCCUAACUUAUAAUAUGCAGGGAGACUUUACUUGAACCAAGAAGCUCCAAACACUCCAGUUUAAUAGGAGGAUGCAGGCUCUGAAAGAGGCAAGUUUACUUUGGCGGGCAGCAUCUUCACCGCUUGUGACAUGACAUGAGUCUUGACACAUCCUGCGUCGCCAUAGCACUGCUGGUCGCAAGUUGGAGUACCUUCGUCAUCUGACUAGAAGACGACCUCUUGCUGCGUUGCAGUUGCUGAGAAACUGGGUCCGAGGGCUGCAUUAGCGGAACGGCCCAGACAUUGUUCAUUUUAGAAGUGGUCAAAGUGACGUCCUGUCCCAGAUACAUCCCCCACCUUAUCAUCUGCCAUUAAAUGGCACCGCCGUCAAGUAGAGCACCUCUGCCAUCUCGUGAGGGCCAUUCCCCAGGGAUGGCUGCCCACGCUGCGGCGCAGUCACCACCGAAGUCCCCCUUGCGCCGUAAAGGAAGGGGCGCCCUGAUGGCUGCCGCUGCCGCUGAGCAGAAGGGCAUUAUUGCAGCCGGCGGGGAAGUGCCAGACCAGUUUGCAAACUGGAGGAGUGUCAAGAGCAGGGUGCGGGCGGGCGGCAAGCUGGCGGCGAUGGCCUUGGAGCUGCAGCAGACGCUGGGCAGUUCCCCCCCAGGUGCUGCAACGGCCCCACGCACGUCUACCCGGCAGGAGCCCAAGCGCACAGCGGCACAAGUCGGCGCUGCUGUUUCACCAGUCCAGGCCAAGAGAAGGAAGGGUGCACGGGGCCCAGGCGAAGCAUCCGGCAAACAAACUGGCCGGCCGCUGCCACCAAAGUACGCUCAGUUGGAGGCGCUCUUCCGCAAGUUGGAGGGCGUGUGCAGCUUGCUGGCGUCGAGAAAGAAGGCGUGCACCUUUGAGAACGUCAGGAAACCGCUAGAGGAUACGACCGGCAGGCGCUUCACCCUGCCCCUGCUCGCCCAGCUGGUGGGUGUGCACCCUGACGCGUUCACCCUGCACUACAUGCCUGCGCGCCGCCCCGCCCCCGCCUGCGCUGGGACGGGCCUGCUCACGGACGCGCAGACACCCCCUGGAGCCAAGUGGGAGCUGCGCAUCCUGCUGCAGCCCGUCCCGCCCGCUGCCGUCACCCCAGACCAGGGUGCGCAGCCAGACAGAGACCCCGCCCUCGUCCCAUCAUGCGGCCCGUCCGCCCUGCAGGAGCAGAGCCAGCGGCGGGUGCAGGCGUUCCGAGAGCGGCUGAGGCGCGCAGCGGAGACAGCACACCGCUCCUUCCUGCACCAGCACGCCCUUCCUGACACGCACGGCUGGCACCCCGCCUUCGACCUCGACCAGGUCCCCGACAUCCCGUGCGCCCCCCUCCCCUCUCCUCCCGGCUCGCGCGCAGCCCCCUGCCCGGCGACUGCCCCUGCCAGCGCUGCCUGCUCCCCCAGCUCCGAGCUGGCAGUGGACCCAGCAGCGCGCUCCCCCUCCUCGGGCCACGCCGGCAGCCCCUUUGGGCCCCUGGAGCCGCGGCCGACGCGAGUGGCAGGGCCGCCCACCCCGCGCUCCUUGGCGGCCACGUUUGACCUGGUCGCAGGGACCACAGGCGACGCACGGGGUGACAUGGGCAGGAAAGGGAGCCGCAGGCUGAGGGCCAGCGGGCCAGGCGAGGAGCCCAGCGCGCGAGAGAGACACGAGCCCAGUGGCGCCACAGAGGAGCAAGGGGCCGCUGGCCGUACGCACAGUAACCCGUACUGUAUAGACAGCAGGGGCGGGUCCAGUCGAGGCAAGCAGACAUCCACCUCGAGUGCAACAGACAGCGACUGCCGGGUCAUUGAAAGUGCGGGGUGCGAGAGCGGGGCUGCCGCGUCGCCCACAGUGUGGCUGCCAGCGGGCGGGGAGGCAGCAGCGGCCAGCCUGCAGGGAGUGCCCCUCGACAUCCUGCGGCAGGUGGCGGCCAAGCAGCGGCGGCAGGAGGCGGACAACGGUGCGGCGGCCAUGGCGCAGCGCAGGCGGCGGAGGAUGCUCGCCCAGCUGCCGGGCCUGGUCAACCUGCUCAGGUCCGUGGCCCAGGAGGAGGGCCGCUGCGUGCUGCGGCAGGAGCAGCUGCUGGCGCGCCUCGUGCGCGCGCACCCGCGCCUCACCGACCAGGGCGAGGUGCUGGAGCAGCUGGCCCUCCUGCGCGACCUCGCCCCCACGUUCCUCUCCUCCCCCACGGCCACUGCCGCCGCGGCACCGCUCCUCAGGAUCAACCUGAACGCGGACAUGGUGGCCCUCAAACGCACCCUCACCACCGCGGUGUAAACUCGCAGAGUGGCGGGUAGCAGGCAACGGCCCACAGAAAGGUCGAAGUGGAGGAUGGCCGUACGAGGCCCCAAGUGUCUUUGGCGGCCACUUGCUCAGGACAGGUAUGCAGCUGGAGCGGAGCCGCCCAGAUGGAGCGAUGGACCAUACUUCACUUCACAAGUGCGCACAUUACACGAGCAUGUUGAGAACAGAAGCGUUGGGGCCGGGGAUGGAAACAUUUGACAUCGUGUAUAAUGUGAGCUAGAGCCGGAGGAGGGAUCACGAUGAAGUGAGCUGCAUGCCAUCCUGCAAAUGCAGUAGCUGUGCAUGCUAUAAUUUGGCAAGUGACAGUUGCUUGGAUCGGGAAAGAAACUUUGUCAUAUCGAGUAGUUCAAUACAUGCUGUUCUUUGCAACAAAUACAUGAUUAUAUGCUCAUGGCUGGAG